CUUUGGGAAGGGCCACAAAUCCCUCAAGUCUGAGCAAGAACCAAGGGGCAACGCCAAACUCCUCAUCGAGCCUCAUCCUGAUUUUUUUUUCAUUUCUUCAUUCUUUUCUUUUCUUUGGACGGAGAAAGAUGCAUUCAGAUGAGAAAGGCAAAAGAGGAGAAAACUUGGUGGAGGAUGAUGAUGAUAUGUAGAGUAGCACACUCUGUCAGGCUGUAGUAAUUCAGUCCCUGUCAUUUCUGCGAGCUGUCAGCACUCAGCUCUCCGCGCGGAGGGAAGGAGCGGUGACACAGCCCUGUGCUUUCCUCUCGGCUGCUCUUCUUCCUCCUGGAACUGUUUCCUGAAAGGUUCUUUAAUUCCGCUCCUGCCGUUCGCUCCGUUCACCUCAUCUCCCGCUCUGUGCGUGUGUGUGUGUGCGUGCGUGGGUGUGUGUGCGUGUGUGUGGGUGUGUGUGUGUGUGUGUGUGCGCGCGCGCGGACACUUCAGCUCCUCUGGUGCUCGGCGGCACGCGGACAGCGGAGAGCGAACACGCACGCGCCCGUCCGGUGGUGGAGGAGGAGGAAGAGGAGGAGGAGGAGGAGAGGGAGCAGGAGCGAGCAGGAGGGAGCGGGGAGAUCUUCAGCUGUGGGCUCUUCAUGUUCGGGAUAGCGGAGAGUGUGCAGCGCGCCGGAGGAACUCUGAAGCAGGAGCCGCUGGGCGCCGGGAUGAACGCCGUGAGGACGUGGAUGCAGAGCGCCGGCGUGCUGGACGCCAACACCGCGGCGCAGAGUGGAGUGGGGUUGGCCCGCGCGCACUUUGAGAAGCAGCCGCCGUCCAACCUGCGAAAAUCCAACUUCUUCCACUUCGUGCUGGCGCUGUAUGACCGGCAGGGGCAACCUGUGGAGAUCGAGAGAACAUCAUUCGUCGGAUUCGUGGAGAAAGAGAAGGAGACGACAGGAGAGAAGACGAACAACGGGAUCCAUUACAGACUGCAGCUUCUCUACAGUAACGGCAUUAGGACGGAGCAGGAUUUUUAUGUGCGUCUCAUUGAUUCAAUGACCAAACAGGCGAUCAUCUAUGAAGGUCAGGACAAGAACCCUGAGAUGUGUCGUGUGCUACUGACCCAUGAAAUCAUGUGCAGUCGGUGUUGUGACAAAAAAAGCUGCGGCAACCGAAAUGAGACGCCUUCUGACCCUGUGAUCAUUGACAGGUUCUUCCUAAAGUUCUUCCUGAAGUGUAACCAGAACUGUUUGAAGAAUGCUGGUAACCCACGGGACAUGCGGCGCUUUCAGGUGGUAGUCUCGACCACAGUGAGUGUAGAAGGGCAUGUUCUUGCCGUCUCGGACAACAUGUUUGUGCACAACAACUCCAAACAUGGACGAAGGGCACGGAGACUGGACCCUACAGAGGGAACGCCGUCAUAUUUGGAACACGCAGCAGCACCUUGCAUCAAAGCCAUUAGCCCUAGCGAAGGAUGGACAACGGGGGGUGCUACAGUCAUAAUCAUUGGGGACAACUUCUUCGAUGGAUUGCAGGUUAUCUUCGGUACCAUGCUGGUCUGGAGUGAGCUCAUCACGCCUCAUGCCAUCCGGGUGCAGACGCCUCCUCGGCACAUCCCUGGAGUCGUGGAGGUUACGCUGUCCUACAAGUCAAAACAGUUUUGCAAAGGGACACCAGGCAGAUUCAUUUACACAGCUUUAAAUGAGCCCACCAUUGAUUAUGGUUUCCAGCGGCUACAGAAGGUCAUUCCUCGGCAUCCUGGAGACCCAGAGCGCUUGCCAAAGGAAGUGAUUUUGAAGAGAGCAGCAGAUCUGGUGGAGGCGUUAUAUGGAAUGCCUCAUAACAAUCAGGAGAUCAUACUGAAGCGGGCUGCUGAUAUAGCCGAGGCACUCUACAAUGUACCACGCAACCACAAUCAACUAACAGGGCUCACCAACAGCUCUGUCCAUGCCAGCAUGAUGGGGGUGAACUCCUUUACCGGACAAAUCACUGUUAAUGUGUCUGAAUCCUCUCAAGGAGGCAAUCAGGGCUUUAAUCGAAACACAAGCAGUGUGUCUCCUCAUAGUUAUGUGCCGAGCUCCACACCGCAGCAGAGCAGCUACAGCACUGUGGCCACCAGCAUGAACGGCUAUGGCAGCACAGCCAUGAGCAACCUGAGUGGCUCGCCUAGCUUCCUCAACGGCUCAGCUGCCAACUCUCCAUAUGCUAUUGUUCCUUCCAGUCCCACCAUGGCCUCAUCCACCAGUUUGCCAUCCAACUGCAGCAGCUCCUCUGGAAUUUUCUCCUUCUCUCCAGCGAACAUGGUGUCAGCAGUGAAGCAGAAGAGCGCGUUUGCUCCUGUGGUGCGGCCACAGAGCUCUCCUCCACCCACAUGCACCAGCACCAAUGCCAAUGGCCUCCAAGAUCAGUCUUUUGUGGACUCUAACAAGUACUCCACUGCCAGUGCACUCCAGGGCUUGGCGUUCUCCUGAACAACAGCAGCAGCAAUCCCUGGAAUGAUUGUUCCUCCUAUGUAGUGUGUGUGUGUGUGUGUGUGAGAGAGAGAGAGAGAGAUGGGGAAAGCCCAGGACACACUCUUUCCUGGCACUGGUCUCCCUGUGUGUGUACAGAAGACUCCGGUUGUUGACUGACCCAGCAGUCGCUCUCUGAAGGAUCACUUUAAACUCAGGCCCUUUUUUAAUAUAGAAUCACCUUUGAAAUGAUAGCAGAAAAAAACACAACCUGGACUAUUGUAUGAAGUUUUGAUGUUGAAGUUUGUACGGAACUGGUAGACAAUUUUUAAUAUAAGGGGUACACACAACUCUUAUUAGCCCAAACCCCACAAAUAGAACAGUUCUAUUUAUUUGAAAUGAUGGAUUUUGGUUUGACAUCUGAUUUCUGUGUUUUUGUGGAAGGGAAAUGAAAUGUGAGACACAAAGGACUUGAGCUACAAUGUUUUCUAUGUAUGAUUUUGUAUGGUAAAUGAAGGAUUAUUGAGUAUAGGCUAUAUGAAAUAAUCACACCGAACAUGGAACUUUAUUUAAAGUCAUCAUCACCUGGAGCCAAAUUAAUCAGAAAAUAGAAUUUACAAAAAAAGAGCAAAACAAAGGUGAAUUGCACUGAUUUUUCAAAACUUUAGCAUAAUUCGCUAGUUAAAAACUUUACCAAUUCAGAUUGGUUUACAAUGUUUUUCAUGGGAAUCAGGGUCACACAAUGCAAAAAAUUUUUUAUUGUUAUCCCCAGCUAGAUUAAAUGGGGUUUCCUUGCAUCAUAUCAACAAAUUAGCAUGUGAAAAUUGCGGCUACGACUAUUCAUCAGAGAAACUGAAUAAAAACCAGACUAGUUUAUUCAAAACUGUGAAUUGUGUUAUAGCUUAUUGCAAACACGAAUGAAGAAAGUACAACCCUUUUUCAUCUACCAUUAUAAGACUCUGAAUUUCAACACGUUCAGUUAAGAUGACUUCUCAAGACAUAUAGAGAAGUUUUUCGGCCAGAGCAACAAAUAAUCACACCGGUGAAGUAAUAAGAAAUGCAAUAUACAAACAACUGCUUUUUAUUUGUGACCAUGCAGGCUGAGAAGUGAAAACUUACCUGCAUUGCUGUUACACCUUUUUUAAUGAAAAACAAUCAACAGGGGACUGCUUUUAAAGAAUUAAAUGCUGAAUUUGUGUCAGAAGUAAAUGUAAUUCCCCUUUGUGUUAAAUUUUACUCACACACACUGUCCAAUCACAGCAUCAUGCCCUUAUUGUUGUGCUGAUGAUCUGCAGCUGGUUUGUCUUUCCAAGUAUACCAAUAUAGGUGCAUUAUUUUUAUGUUGUGCAUGUAACAUAUGCGUGUGUAUAUCCUGCCACAGUGUAUAUUUGCAGCUGAUGGCUUUACAUUCAAUCAUUCAGCUUCAAUAAGCACUUUAUCCUGGGCAGGGUCACUGUUUUGCUUUUCAUUAGUGACAUGUGGACAAUGUACAACAGUCAAUUACAGCAUUGAUCAAUUUCACUGAUAAAUAUGAUCCUACUCCUUGCUUACUUUGAAAUUAUGUCAAAUAAAAUACUCAUAAUACGCCUCUGAGCUGUGAGUAUAUUUAAUCAUAACUCUUAUCAUGUUUCAGAAGCAAUUUUGAAAAUCUUGAUGCAAUACAGGUACAACAGGUAGUUAGCUAAUAAGAAACUCUAAAGGGCGUUCCUUUAUAUGGAUGGUAACGCCUCCUGGAAAGUAAAGCUCAAACUCCAAGACACAGUCUGGACCUUCUCACAACUACACCUCAGCUUAAGGCUGUGAUUGGAUACUGAUUGCUUUUCAGUGUGGCACAGAUCCUACAUACUGAUGAAAGUACAAUACAGUGCACUGACUUCACAACUUCAGCGUUUCAUUCUUGAAAAAGAUUUUCCCUGCUGAUUGUUUUUCAUUAAAGAGAUCAAGGUUUUGCUUUUCAAUGUUUUCAAAACCAUUUAUGUGUACUGCUUAUAUGUCACUUUUUUUCACUGUUGUGAUUGCUUUUCGAUCUGGCAUGGAGUCUUCUCCACAGUUCUCCAAAGUUCUCUAAAAUAGUGUGCUUUUUUUAAUCAAAGCUAUCACAAGCUCAUUUGUAAAUGUAAAAAAAAUGUGAACUUUCCAUUUAAAGCUUUAAAUUCCUCAGAAAUCUCAAAUCAACAUCAAACAUCAAAUGGCAAAAACUGACUAUGCAUCAAUGAUCAAACCCAAAAUGCAAUAUUGCUACUGUCAAAAAACAGCAGUUGCCAAGCUAGAACCUCCACUCUGCUUUGCACACCAUCUUUAUUUUAACUGCCAUUAGCUCUUUCUUUAAUACACAACCAUACCAGAAAAAUAUGAUAUCAAGGGGAAAAAAACAUGAUUGCUAACUGCACAAAAUCUAAUUUUACAGUAUACAAAAAAAACAUCAAUAAAACAGUUUAUAAUACCCAAAGCCAAUAUACACAGCCCAGAGGGAUACAUACCCUCAAAAUGUUUGAAUUGUUUGUUUGUUGCCACCAUUUUCAAAAUGUUUAUGAAGGAAUGUGCUUUUGUGGUUUUGCCAUUUCAGAUUAAAAGAUUGUUUGAAUUUUCCUCAGAUUUUUUUGUGAAGAAACUGUGAUCAUAUUUGGGUUUUUCAUUUAUAGAGUCCAUUAUACCCUGAGUAUAGAAAUGAAGAUUUGAAUGUGAGAAUGUGAAGAGAAAUGUUAGCGUUAGUGUUAGCUGAUUUAAUGGGUUAAUGUUGGACCUACGCUGUUUCUAAUUAACACAGGUGUUUACCUGAUUGGCCUAAUAAUCAUCAGAGGGGAGGGCUGAAUUAUCGGGAAUUAAGAUAAGAGCAGCUUGAGCACUGUGAAAGUUACAGGCCCCUCUUACUAAUCAUAGGAUAUCACAAUUAAUUAUUGCUAUAUUUUUGCUGUAUGCAAAUUUGUUUUUGAUUUUCUCUUUUACUUUGCCAAAGUUAUUGUUUGAAAUAUAUUUAUACAUCAGAAAAAAGGCAGCUUUAUACAACUACUUUCACUUAUACAUCUGAUCUCAUGGAACAUCAAGAUUUUAUCAAAAUGGAUUAUGUAAAAUACCCAUCUAGCAUAAUGUAUGUAUCACGUAGAUUUUAUACAUUGCUUUUAUUCAUUGAUCUUUAUUCAUGUUUGUUAUGCUAUGAUGUGCAAUUUUUUUUUUUUUUUUUAAACAGUUGUCCACAUUUUUGUCAAUGCAUUGUGAUUUUGUGUCCUACAUCAGUUUCAUGUUUAGGAUAAUACUCAUAUGGUUAAUCCCAUCCACAAGAGGCCAAGGGUUUAUUUUUCUACCAUUUGUAAGUUAAUGAAAUUUUGUUUUACCUUUUAUCUUAGAUUUUUGUAUCAUGUGGCAAAUUUGUGAAAUAUUAGAUUCUUGGACCUUACUCACUAAGUGUAUCACCUGAAUAUAAAUAUAUAUGUAUACUUUAUUUUGCUUUGCUUCACAUUUCUGAGAUGUUGUUUUAUGCACGUGGUGCACAAUAUCUUUUUCUUUUUAAUUAUUCAUGUCUAUGUUCGACGUUUCUCACGUCCACCAGCGGUUAAAAGGCCUUAACAAUGCAGAGGCUCACCUCCAGUGCGUUGCUGUUGAUUUUGCUGGGUAGGUUGUCAAAAAGUGGAAAAGUGACUUGCCAAGGGUUUGAUUGUAAGGGUGUUCAAAAACAGCACAAAAUCCCAUAGAAAUCUGAUGUAUUACUGAUGUAUUUGUAAAAUUCCUGAACUGCCAUUUUUUCACAUAUAACACUCUCAGAAUCAUGUGAUCUUCUGAACCGGUUUCUUUCCAGUAAACUCACCACAGAUUUUUCUAUUUAUUUAUUUAUUUUAUUAAACAUUUUCCAAGGCAUAGCAUUCAUGAUUCAUCACGGAGGAAGAUACCUUAUCAAUUGACACAGAAACCCAAUUUCAAAUUAUUUGACUCUUUUGUUCCCACAACUUGUUAUAAACUGGACACUACGUGUGUGUGGUUAUAUAUUGCUGGGGAGGGAAAUGAUAUAAAAUUAAAGCUACUGUAAAAAUGAUCAUUUUCUAAUUAACUUUGAACUGUAAGAUAACUUUUCAACUUUCACAAUAUUUAAUUAAAGUUCCUUCUUGUCUGUG